CGCCGCUGCCCGCGCGCUCAGGUCUGGGCAGCGUCUCUCGGCAGCGGCCGCACUCGGGGCCGGCGCAGCGUCCUCGGGGUUCAGCCCUCCCGGCCCAGCCCGCGACCCCCGCCCCUGCUGGCCCCUCCCCCUCCCCGCCCCCAGUGAGGCCGCCCCGGCGGCGACCAGAACGGCGACCUGAAAGGCGAGCCAGGCGGCUGCCCGAUCGGCUGUCGGCGCGCACUCGCUCCCGGCCCAGCCCAGCCAGACGCGGAGGCCGCCGCCUGCCCCGCGGGGCCCGACGCCAGCGCGCCGGGUAGCAGCUCCAGGGCCGGCCCGCGCGUGCGCCCGGGAGCCGCGCGCCACCAUCCCCAGCGGGGACCGAGGAGCCCGGCCGAGCCCGAGAAGCCCGCGGCCGCGAUGCCUGACGAGCUGACGGAGCCCGGGCGCGCCACGCCGGCCCGCGCCUCCUCCUUCCUCAUCGAGAACCUGCUGGCGGCCGAGGCCAAGGGCGCAGGGCGCGCGACCCAGGGCGACGGCAGCCGGGAGGACGAGGAGGAGGACGACGACGACCCCGAGGACGAGGACGCCGAGCAGGCGCGGCGGCGACGGCUACAGCGGCGGCGACAGUUGCUCGCGGUCACCGGGCCCGGCGGGGAGGCGCGGGCCCGUGCGCUGCUCGGGCCGGGCGCGCUGGGUCUCGGUCCUCGGCCGCCCCCCGGUCCCGGGCCGCCCUUCGCUCUGGGCUGCGGAGGCGCAGCGCGCUGGUACCCACGGGCGCACGGUGGCUACGGAGGCGGCCUCAGUCCUGACACCAGCGACCGGGACUCACCGGAGACGGGCGAGGAGAUGGGCCGUACGGAGGGCGCCUGGCCGCGAGGCCCCGGGCCGGGAGCGGUGCAGCGGGAGGCAGCGGAGCUGGCGGCGCGUGGCCCGGCGGCCGGCACAGAGGAGGCGUCGGAGCUGGCCGAGGUCCCUGCGGCGGUUGGGGAGACACGCGGCGGCGUUGGCGUGGGCGGCGGCCGAAAGAAGAAGACGCGCACAGUCUUCUCCCGCAGCCAGGUCUUCCAGCUGGAAUCCACCUUCGACCUGAAGCGCUACCUGAGCAGCGCCGAGCGCGCCGGCCUGGCCGCCUCCCUGCAGCUCACCGAGACGCAGGUUAAGAUCUGGUUCCAGAACCGCCGCAACAAGUGGAAGCGGCAGCUGGCGGCCGAGCUGGAGGCGGCCAGCCUGUCCCCGCCGGGAGCGCAGCGCCUGGUCCGCGUGCCCGUGCUCUACCACGAAAGCCCCCCGGCCGCGGCCGCCGCUGGGCCCCCGGCCACCCUGCCCUUCCCGCUGGCGCCCGCCGCGCCCGCGCCGCCCCCACCGCUGCUCGGCUUCUCCGGGGCCCUCGCCUACCCGCUGGCCGCCUUCCCGGCCGCCGCCUCCGUGCCCUUUCUGCGGGCGCAGAUGCCUGGCCUGGUGUGAGCCCCGCCCGCCGGGCCCUCUCCCCGCGACCCUGUGGACCUGUGUGGACGCGCGAUCCAGCGGCAGGCGCAGGGCUCAGGGGGCGUUAGGGAAGGGAUGGCCGCUCCUGCCGCCUCCUAGGCACCUCGGGAGCGCAGGCCGCGGCCGGGCGAGCCUCAGCUCCUGUGGGGAUCGCCUCUAGAAUGUAAUGGGACGCCCCACCCAGUUGCCAGGCUGGAUCCCACUUGAACGGGGGGCCAUGCAGAGACUCUGGGCUGCGCAGCCCACGGUGCCACGGGCAACUCCGGCCUCAGCGAGGAGCAGUCGGCCACGGCCACCCCGGGCAGCUGCCCUCAGGCCAACCCCAGCGCAACAAAGGAAAACUACGAACCGGCUGUCCCAGGCUGAGCGGUGACUGUCUCCACAGACUGCCCCCAACACUAAACGUCCCUUUCCUGGGACCCAGACAGCAGGCCGGCCCGGAGGGCUGUGCUACCCCUCCCGCGGGUGCUGGUGGAGAAAGGACCCUGGACGUGUGGGUCCCAUCGUCCAUUCCAGGAGCAGGCGGGCUGGGGCUCUCCGCAGACGUCCCAGCCUCCGGGUUGUUGUUUUUUUUAAAUGAAUCUACUUAUUUGCGUAUGGAAUAAAAAGGGACAUUUUCUGGA